CAACAAUUGUGUGUGUCCGUUGUUAAAACUGAAAAGAAUAAAAACAUGAAAAACUCUACUGUCCAUUCCGGUCUGAGAAAAAUGUUUGAGAAGAAAUUAUCAUUUCUGUUGUCACUUCACGUGAACGCGAUCGAAAUGUCGAGUCAUCCGACUUCUCCCACGCGAAGCAUAUGAAAUUGGGCACGAGAGCUAAAUCCGUCUACGGCCAUGCCAGCUAGACUGUGACUCACUACUGACUCCGAUACAUCGUCUUCGUCGUUAUCGUCUUCUUCACAUUUUCGACAUAUUCAUUCAACGAAUUUCUGAGCUGUGUGAGUUUUUUUGGCUUCUAAUUGUCGGCACCAACCGCAGAAAGGGAAAGACGGGACAGAAUGAGUUUCAGGGAAGAGAGCGACGAUGGGAGAGGGGAUCUGAGGAAGCCAUUUCUGCACACUGGGAGUUGGUACCGAAUGGGUUCCAGACAAUCGAGCAUGAUGAGUUCUCAGGUCAUUAGGGAUAGCUCUAUCUCAGUCAUGGCUUGCGUUCUCAUCGUCGCUUUGGGCCCUAUCCAGUUUGGUUUCACUGGUGGGUACUCUUCGCCAACACAAAAUGCUAUUAUGAAAGAUCUGGAACUUUCUGUAUCUGAGUUUUCCUUGUUCGGUUCCCUAUCGAACGUUGGUGCUAUGGUAGGGGCAAUUGCUAGUGGUCAGAUUGCAGAGUACAUUGGACGAAAAGGGUCUCUAAUGAUAGCUGCUGUACCUAAUAUUAUUGGUUGGCUUUCCAUCUCGUUCGCCAGAGAUCCUUCUUUCCUAUACAUGGGAAGAUUGUUGGAAGGCUUUGGUGUGGGAAUCAUUUCUUAUACGGUGCCGGUAUACAUUGCAGAAAUAGCACCUCAAAACAUGAGAGGGAGUCUUGGUUCUGUGAAUCAGCUAGCUGUUACUAUUGGAAUUAUGCUGUCUUAUUUGCUAGGUCUUUUUGUCAACUGGAGGACUCUAGCUGUCCUGGGGACAAUACCUUGUCUAGUGUUGAUACCUGGAUUAUUUUUCAUUCCAGAAUCUCCUCGAUGGUUGGCAAAAAUGGGUUUCACAGAAGAUUUUGAAACCUCUUUGCAAGUCCUUCGAGGUUUUGAUGCUGACAUUACUGUUGAAGUCAAUGAAAUUAAGAGGUCUGUUGCAUCAUCAUCAACAAGCAGAAGAACAGCAAUACGUUUUGCUGAUCUUAAGCAGAGAAGAUAUUGGUUCCCGCUGAUGGUUGGAAUUGGGCUACUUUGUUUGCAGCAGUUAAGUGGAACCAAUGGCGUUUUAUUUUAUUCUAGCAACAUUUUUCACACAGCUGGAAUUUCUUCAAGCAAUGUUGCUACAUUUGGUGUUGGUGCUGUCCAGGUUAUUGCAACUGCAGUUUCUGUAUGGCUGGCAGACAAAUCAGGGCGCAGACUUUUACUUAUUGUCUCAUCUACCGGUAUGGCUAUCAGUCUCCUACUCAUCUCCGUUUCCUUCUUUAUGAAGGGUUAUGUAUCUGAAGACUCGUCUCUUUAUGGCAUUCUGGGGAUAAUAUCUAUUGUUGGAGUUAUGUGCAUGAUUGUUUUCUUUUCACUUGGAUUGGGACCCGUACCAUGGCUUAUCAUGUCUGAGAUUCUUCCAAUUAAAAUCAAAGGUCUUGCUGGAAGUGUGGCUACCUUGGCCAAUUGGUUAUGUAGCUGGGUCAUCACAGCAACUGCACCUGUGCUAUUGGAUUGGAGCAGCGGAGGGACAUUCAUUAUAUACACGGUUGUGAGUGCGUUCACCAUAGCAUUUGUAUCCAUUUGGGUCCCAGAGACAAAAGGCAAAGGUCUUGAAGAAAUCCAAAAUUCUUUUAAAUAGGCUGUUUCUCCUGCUGCUGUUCUUGUUUGUGCUCGAAUGCUUUUUC